AUGGACUUCCGAACUUUCAUAACGGACAGGAGCGACGAAUCCACACCGCGAAACCACCGACCUCAAGCUCGACAUGAAAGCAGCGCUCGCCACUCCGAAGGUCGUUUUCCGCAGUGGCCGACCCACAUGGCCCUGUUGACAGCAUUCCGACAAAAGCCUCUUCCCACGCUUUUCGCCAACAUCGCCGACCCUCGACAGCAAUGCGUGAAAUUGAGGGAGGAAGCAAGCGAGGCAGCAGCCUUUGUGCCCCUGAGCUUCUGUUUGCAAUACCUCGUCUCUCAGCACCCUCUCUCUCUCUCUCCGCAACUCAGCGUGAUCAACCCUCGAAGCAUCGACGGUUGUACAGCACACUACCGAUGCAAUUGUUCUCUCUGA